CGCGGCUCGGACGAGCAGCAAGCGGUAGUAGCGUGGAGGCAGUCCGAGCGAGAAUGACUACUCGUCGCGCGAGUGUUCGAAACGUCCCGGGGCUACGGGCCUUGCUGGCGCUGGCCCUGAUCGCGCCCUUAACCGCGGCCUUAAACCGGAACGAUCUGUACCCGUACUCGACGCCUGGAACAUCGAUCCUGGAAACGGGCGAGAACGGAUUGCUGUUGUCAGCGGAGGCGAUCGUCAAGACGCCUAUCGUUUUCUUCAACAGGCCGUACACUAACAUAUUCGUAAACGCAAAUGGUGUCCUCUCGUUCAGGAGGCCGAUGCAAAGGUUCUUCAAUAUUCCGUUCCCACUUGACGAUCCGAUUAUCGCACCUCUCUACACCCACGUCGACACCAAGGCAUCCGGAAGGGUGUACUAUGGCGAGACGGACACGCCGGAAGUUCUCUCGCGAGCCGGAGGACUGGUUCGAAGUGCUUUCAAGGAUGCCGAAGAUUUCGUACCUGAGACCGUGUUCCUCGCCACAUGGGUGGACGUCGGUUAUUACAACGGGAAAGCCGACAAAGUGAAUACGUAUCAAGUGGCCAUUUCGUCGAACGGUACGCAUUCUUACGUCGAACUAUUGUACCCUGAAAACGGUAUACAGUGGAUCCAAGGUGAGUCGCACCCCAGCGGCUUGCCGGACGCGAAAGCUCAGGCAGGGCUGAUGAACGAAGAACACGUCGUGCAUACUUUGAAAGGUUCUGGGACUGAUCAGAUUCAAAACCUUGAAAAAUGGUCGAAUGUGAACCGGCCGGGGCAGUGGUUGUUCCAAGUCGGAUCACCCAAUCACGACGAGUAUAUAAAAGUCCCUGACAACGUGGAAGACAGCAGCAUGACGAAUCAAGUGGCGAACUGCAGAACGGGCGCGACGAGCUGCCACAGUAAGGCUACGUGCGUCGACUACGAGGUCGGCUUCUGCUGCCACUGCAAGCAAGGAUUCUUCGGCAACGGGAAAUCCUGCCAGCCGAACGACGUUCCGCUGCGUGUAAACGGACGGAUUUCCGGGACGAUCAACGGGAUCGAGUUCCCCGCUAGAGACCUUCAAUGCUACGUGCAAACGGAAGACGGAAGAACGUACACGGCUCUAUCGAGAGUGCCCGAAGAAGUCGGCGCCAGCUUCCAGCUGCUGGGAAAUCUGGGUGGAGUCAUCGGCUGGCUGUUCGCGAAACCAGUCAGGAACAGCGAAACGAAAAAUGGAUACGAGCUCACGGGGGGUGUGUUCAACCACACGACGGAACUGUCGUUCCCUUCCACCGGCGAUAAGCUGACGAUACGAAGCAAUUACAUCGGCCUGGACGUGUUCGGCCAGCUGAAGAUGGAGGCGGUGAUCAAAGGUACGUUGCCGCGGUUGACUAGGGACACCACGGUCGACUACGGUGACUACGAUGAACUUUAUACCAGAGCGCAAGCCGGCGUGAUACGCGCGCGGAGCGAGAGAGCCUGCAAGCUGAACGAAGCCGGCGAGGAGCGAGAGCUAAGCUUCUCGCAGGAUCAGACGAUCGUCUAUAACGAGUGUCCCUAUCUGAGCGUCGACCCCGAGUACGAUACCACGCGAAUCAAAUUCUUCAGGGGUGUGACCACUUACGAAGCUACCGAGGGAAUUAUCCGGUUCGCGGUAAACACGAAAGCGACGCCGUUAGAACAGGAGGAUCCCUGUAUUCAAGGGAAGGAGACCUGUGGCGAUCACAGUUCCUGCGUCGUCGAGGGGGAUGAAUUCAAGUGCAUCUGCAACCCUGGCUAUCAAUACUUGUACGAGGAAGGCGGGAACGCGAUCUGCGUCGACGUGAACGAAUGCAGCGCGGGAAAUCACAUGUGCUCUCCGGACGCGCAGUGUUUCAACCAGGAGGGUGGCCACACCUGCCAGUGCAGGCCGGGAUUCUCUGGCGACGGCAGAACGUGCGAGAAACUCCCAUCGUGCGAGGACACGCGGUGCGGCAAUUACGAACAGUGCGUGAUGAUCGACGGCGCGCCUAACUGCGUCUGUGUGCCGGGAUUCGAGGACACGGAGCAGGGCUGUUAUCCCUCGCAACGCGGUUCGUGCGACGAAGAAGACAACUGCUCCCAGUACGGUGUCUGCAAUUUCGAUCCGGCGAGACAGAAGCACGUAUGCAUCUGUCUGCCUGGCUUCAUUGGCGACGGUUACACGUGCUACCCGGAAGCGGACGUGACCACAACGGACGGACCGCCGAGACCGCAGUGCGCGGGCGAGAUGUGUUGGUGCCCCGGGGGAUGGGAACUUCGAAACAACGACUGCGUGCCGUCCGAACGCGAGCAUAAACCAAACAACUACGAUCGAGAUCUAUCAGCCCGCCCAAGCCCGGAAUGCUACCAAGAAGACUGCGCGUGUCCCGUGGGAUACUAUUACAACCAUCCCGAGGAGAUUUGCUCGCCCCGACCUGGAUUCAACCACGAAACGAUGGGCCCAUCUGGAUUUCACUUAUCGUGCAACGUGGUGAACAGGUGUCACCCCUACGCGCAAUGCAUCUUCGUGGCGGCCACCAGCGAUUACGAGUGCCGCUGCAACCCCGGAUACGAAGGUGACGGUUUGGACUGCAGGAGGACAGAAGUGUCCUGUUUGGAAGUAGACAUCUGCGACCCGAACGCGUCCUGUCAGCAAGAAGAAUCCCUGGCCAAAUGUGUCUGCAACCCGGGUUUCGAGGGGGAUGGAACAACGUGCAGUCAAAUCGACGAGUGUAACAGCAACUCGGAUUGCUUCGAGAACGGGCGCUGUUCUUACAAUACUGCCAGUUCCCGUUACGAGUGCACCUGCGUGCCGGGAUACAGCAUGGUCGACGGAAGGUGCGUGGUCUCCGAUUGCUCGACAAAUCCGUCCCAGUGCCACGUGAACGCGCAAUGCGUGUCGGCUGGGGAUGGUGGGUACAAGUGCGUGUGCAUAGACGGUUACAACGGAGACGGGAUACGGCAGUGCGUCGAGGACCACAUUGGAUGCAACGUGCUGAAUAAUUGCGGGAGGAACGCGGUCUGCGGUUACAAUCAGACCACCGCCAAUUUCGCCUGCGUAUGCCAGACGGGCUUUUACGGUGACGGUUUCACGUGUUUGCCCCAGUCGUCUUGUAGACACGAUUCGACGCUUUGCUCGCCGGACGCGGCCUGCGUCGCCGCCGGGGAGAAUCUGUUCGCCUGCGUGUGUAACGAAGGUUUCACCGGGGACGGUACCGAGUGCAAACCGAGACCGAAACACGAGGCGAACUUCUUGUUGGUGAACCAGGGAAUGGCGACCCUAAGGAUACCGUUCGCACCGACGCAAGUGGAACCCGGCAGCCCGAUCUACAUCGCGUACACUCAAAUGGCGAUCGCGAUCGACAUCGAUUGCAUGAACGGAAAGGCAUACUCGAGCGACAUCACCGGUAAUCGAAUAAUCGAGUUAAUGUACAACGGAUCGAUGGCCGAGACGUUCCUGACGAAAGUUAGCAGCCCCGAGGGACUAGCGGUCGAUUGGGUCUCGAGAAAUAUUUUCUGGACCGACUCCGGGAAGACGACCGUCGAGGUAGCCAAUCUCGAGACGAAGAAACGGAAGGUACUCGUUUCCGACGGACUGGUCAAUCCUAGAGGGAUAGCCGUGCACCCUUAUCGGGGGAAGAUAUUUUGGUCGGAUUGGAAUCGUGCGUCGCCUAAAUUGGAGUGGGCCAACGAGGACGGUACCGGGCGGGCAAUCUUCCUCCAAGGGGAUUACGUGAAGUUACCGAAUUCAUUAAGUAUCGAUUGGUCGACGGAUGAACUCUGCUGGGCGGACGCCGGGACGUUUACGAUAACCUGCGUGGAGAUCGAUACCAACAAGGUUAACGUCGUCGCCAACCAGCUCAUCUACCCGUUCGGUCUCGCUAUCUCCCAACAGAAUUACUAUUGGACCGACUGGAAGACUCAUAAGAUCGAAGUCGCUAUGAAGAGUUCGGGGGACAGGAAGUCGGCCAUAUCGGUACCACCCGGAGGAAGCGGUAAAUUAUAUGGGAUAGUCGUCGUCCCCGAGUCGUGCCCGAGAGUGAGCAACGUUUGUCAGUACGAGAACGGAAGGUGUAGCAAGGAUCAAUUGUGCCUGCCGAACGGCGAAGGAGGAAGAUCGUGCGUGUGCGCGGACGACGCGUCAGGGCCAUGCACCGACACGAAUUAAGUAACGUUAAGAUUAUAGAUUGUGGAGAUCGCGGAAGAGAAGAGUUUAUUCGCGAUGCGUCGGAGUCCGUUAGAUUAUGUGUAAAUUAUAAUAAUAGUAAUAAUGAUAAUAAUAAUAGUAAUAUUGUUUUUGGUAUGGCUAGUUUUAUAUCGUCCACGUUUUUCGAGUAACAUUAUCUUUUUGUAUCUAACACGGAGCCUGCGGGCGUGAAGCUGCGGCCAGUGACGAGCGUUAUUUAAUAAAAAUUUAAGAAUCA